AUGAAUCAAGUUAUUCUAAUCAGUUUGAUCCUAAGUGCCAUAGUAGCAGUUUCUGAGGCUAGCUAUGGAAACAGACCUAAAUACCACGCCUUCAAGUAUGCUGCCGCUCUCAGCUCAGGUGGAUGUCCACAUGGGUGGCACCAGUACAAUAAACAUUGUUACUGGUUCAGCAGAACCAAACUCAACUGGUACAGAGCAUCUAUGAGAUGUGUCGCUAUGGGAGGAUACCUCGUCUCUGUUGACCAGUCCCACGAAAACACAUAUGUCCGACACAUGUUGAGCGUCUAUGGAUUCAGAAGAGGAGCCUGGCUAGCUUUGAAUGACGUUCUCAGACCAAACAAACAUAGAUGGUGCUGGGGAUUCACCGUCAAGCCAUGCCACAAAUUUGACUGGUACGGUCAGGAACCAGUUUAUCAUGAACAUGGGGACUACAAUUGCGGUAUCUUCUGGAAGUCUUACAAAUACCACUGGCACGUUGACAGCUGUGGACAGGUUAACCAUUUCGUUUGCGAGAAACCAAUGGGAAAGCCAUGUCAUUGUUCUUACUAG